AUGGGCCGUUCACACACAGACCGCACUUGCACCAACACUGAAUCGCAACCUCCCCCGGGAAUCGCAUCGCAAUCGAGAAACCACGGCCCCGUCCAUGAGGUAGCGGCCUCCGCACAUGGAUCCAUGGACUCGGUGAUAGGAUCCCAGUUCCGCACAAAUGGCACCCAUGGCGGCCUGAACGGCGCCCAUACGAAACCUUCUACCAAGGUCACUACAACCAACGGAAACAUCGCGGACCUGCUGUCGCGACAGAACAACGAUGAGAUACGCGGAGGGCUGUUCGCAGACGAAGACGAUGAGACGGAGUCGCACGACCCGGGGUCAUCGCUGACGAGCCCUUCAUCCGUCACUUCGCCCCCGUACUGGAUGAAUCACCACUCGCGAUCUGUAUCCAACAUGUCCGCCGAGUCCGUGCUGCCCGCGGGCGCAAUCACGAUGCACGACAACGAAGCCAGCGAUCGAAACGACCGGAACCGCGCCUGCUGGGCGAAGAGUGUCGAGAUUACCGACUACGCGAUAGUCAACGGUAGCGCAACAAAUAUCGGGGCUUUUGUUGUUUGGAACAUCAGGGUUGAGACGCUGCAAGGAAGCUACAUGAACAUUCGCAAGCGAUACUCCGAGUUCGACGACCUCCGCGAAAAGCUCGUCAAGUCGUUCCCCAACUUUGAAGCGGCAGUGCCACCUCUGCCGCCCAAGAGUGUGAUAUCAAAAUUCCGGCCCAGGUUUCUCGACAAGAGGAGAGCUGGGCUCCAAUAUUUUCUCAAUUGUAUAAUGUUAAAUCCCGAGUUUUCUGGGUCACCAAUACUCAAGGACUUUCUAUUCGCAUAA